AUGUCUUCUGGAAGCUCUUCCGUGGCCCAACCCGAAAAAUGCAAUGACAUUAACGUGGCUGUGGAGGAGUCCAGGGAGAAGGCAACGGAGAACAACAAUUCGGGACUAGGGUCUGAUCCUCAGGAAGUUAUGUCUGAAAGGAGGAGUGAGAACCCUAGUCGCGGAUAUAGUGCUGUCCCAACAGAAAACGGCAUCAUGCAGCGUUACACAUCAGAAACUAAUAAGAUAUUCACUUGUCGCUUUUGCAAUAAACGGUUCUCAGCCUCUCAAAGCCUAGGUGGUCACAUGAACGCGCACAAGAGGGAGCUACAAUGGGAAAGGAAGCGGAAGGAGAUGGAACAGAUGGAACAAGAGUUCCAUUUUCAGUGGAUGUUAAGUCAAUAUUCACAAGGUGAUUUAUCAAAUGAUAAUAAUCUUGGGAUCACUUCUGAACCUUUCAAACGCAUAUGUACCGGCCUUUACCCAUCUUUCAAUAGCGGACUCAUGGACAUGAAUAUGACCGUAGUUCCUCGCAUGGCUCCUACUGGCUUCUUCUCAGGGAACACUUUCACUAACGGUUUCUUUUCAGGGGGACUUGAGCCAAUGCCCUCCUACAACAACUAUCCCCCGAUGCUCCCUAGAAACGUUCCUCCUUUUCCUCCACAUAGGACUACCAAUCUUCCUAGCUAUUGGUAUCCGCAAGAGAAUGUAUUGAACGAGGAGGAUGUCAUCUUAAAGCUAGGAAAUGACAAUAUUGUGGAGAUUGAUGAUGACGAUGCUGUUGAUCAGCCAGAAGAAGGGACUUCUAAGAGCUGGGGCGCUGAUCUAUCCCUUUAAGUAUUGUUUAGUUUUCAUUUUGAGGUAUCAUAUCUAUUAGAGACCUAUCUAUCAUUUGUAUCUAUGGAUGUUGUUUUUCUCUUUUUAAAUUUUAUGGUAUUCAAUUUUAAAUAUUCCUUUGGAUGUAACAUCUCUUCUUCGUUGAAUUGCUUUUUUUUUUUAAAUCAAUUUAUGAUUCCUAUUUUCUGCCAUCUAUAUAUCAGGAGUCUUUUUAUCAUUUCGGCAGUUGUCAAAAUCAUUGGUUGAAUUUAGUCAGGGAAGUAAUUUCUACCAAUGUUAUGUCUCUUGAUUCCAAACCUUUCGAUCAGAACUAUAAAUCCACAUACUUAAAUUUCUUAAUUAAGUUAGUCGAGUUGAUAUUUUUAUGUUGAUUUAAAGA